AUCCACAGUCAGUUCGCAGUCAAGAUGCAGAGCUUUCUUAUAGCCACCGCCAUCAGCCUGGUAAUUGUGGGUCUUGCCGGUGCGCAGUCGUCGACUGUCGCCAAUUCCCUGGAUGAUUAUAUAGAUCAGAAUCAGCGGCAGUACGAGGCACAAAUCAGGAAGUAUGAGGAGGCGUUGGCCAACUUUCGGACGCUGUUCAGCAAACGGCAGCAGGUCAUCGAUGUGCAGGCCGAUCUGCUGCAGCAGAAGCUGGAGGAGGCUUUCGUUCGCAUCAAUCCCCUCUCGCUGAUCGACCCCUGGCACAAGCAGUGCGUCCAGAACUACAGCUCCAGCAUACCAACGAUAGCCACUGUCCGGUCAAGAGUGGCCAGUUGCCAGGCGACCAUUAGUACCGCUCUGAACAGCGCCGACAGUGUGUACAACACACUGAAAAAAUACUACAACACCAACCUGAAGAACUCCUUGGCGGACUGUGUGAAGAAGUUCCCCAGUGCCCAACUAAACUACACUGUCUGUGUGACCAAAGUGAUUGCCGACGCCAAUGCCUACUCGAUUAGCAGCCAAAACAGUUUCAACACCCACGUCAAGGAUGCCGACUGCACCGUGGACUCGCGCCUCAGAUCAGCCUGGACAUGCUCCUUUGGGCAAGUGUAUUCCACCAGCGCUGCCAUCGAAAACGCCCUGCGGCUCAUCGACAACUGCAUUGACAAUCAACUCGUGUGCGGAUCCGUGUCCUGCUCGUCUGGUUGCCCAAAUGUUUCCACCAUAAAUCUAACGGAGGCUGACUUCCGCAAUGAGACCAUCAGAAAUCCCUUCCGCGGUCUGAGCGCCCAAGCUGGUUGCAGGGAGUUCCGAUUCAAGUAGAGUCUUGCACGAUGUCUGGAGGAACGAGUAUUCUAGCACCCAAGGCAUGGGAGUUGUAUUUAAUAGAUUAGGAAGAGAUUCUUGUCUGCCUUUCAGCACGGUUCUGCCAAAGUAAAUAGUUGAAUAUGUUGAGCAUUCA